UCCAUCACUGUGCCCUCUUUACAUCGCAGAGAAAAAGUGUUCGUUUGAUUGGCCUACUUGUUCAGUGAUGGUGACAAAGAGGAAGCGAGAAACCAGCGUCUGCUCGGCCGUCGGGGCCGCCACUGACGGCCAGGCAAGGGAGCAGCUUGGAGUGGAGUUGGCAGGAGGGCCCGGGAGUGACAGGCCAGGUGGAGCCGCCAGCUGCGUGGACAAAGCAGCUGGCACACGGCAUCGAGGUGUGACCGCGUCUCAGCAGAGCCCUGGCAGAAAAGGCUGCGGUGGCAUUAAUCUGCAGGCCGAGUUUCUCCUCUGUAUUUGCCCUCUAAUUAGAGCCUUGCAACAAAAGACAGGAAGAAAGCGAAGAGAAAGAGUGAGCCUGUCCACGGGGCCCGGCGAUCCCUGCAGCGUGGACGGCGCCCCCCCAGUGCCCCCGGAGGCCGAGGAGACCGUGUCUGUCGGCAGCUGCUUCGCCUCGGAGGACACCACGGAGGACUCAGGGGUGAUGAGCUCCCCCUCGGACAUCGUGUCCCUGGAUUCCCAGCAUGACAGCACGAAAUCCAAGGACAAGUGGGGCACAGACCAGGAGGACUGCAGUGACCAGGAGCUGGCCGGGACUCCAGAGCCGGCCCCCCCGAAGAGCCCCGUGUGGGGCAGGAGCAGCUCCGAGAAGCGGCGUCUGAGAAACGGAAAAGCUGCUCCAGCCUCACGUGAGGAUGAGGAAAUAUUCAUGACUGGACAGUUCCAGAAAACCCUUGCGGAGCUGGACGAAGACCUGGAAGAAAUGGAAGAAAGCUAUGAAGCUGACACAAGCUCCCUCAGCAACUCUGUACACGGCAUCUCCACCACCCAUGGUGACUCUGAGGCAAUCCCGGUGACAUUCAUAGGGGAAGUUCUCGAUGACCCCGUGGACUCAGGCAUGUUUUCCAAUAGAAACAACAAUGCUGGCUCCUUCGACUUGGGGAGCACGGCCGACAGUAAGGCUCAGCUACCACCCUGCCAGGCUGAGUGCCCCCAGCAGCACAGACAGAGGUGGGCAGCAGGGCCCAGCUCACCACCUCCUUCCCAGGAACCUGAGAAAGAAGGCUCAGCCUUGACCAACACCUGGCAGGAGGUGGAUCCCAGUAAGAUGGAGCCCAAGGCGAGUUCUGCUUCAGCGCUUCACACUCACCACUUGAAUGGGAAGGAGGAAGGCAGGGCGCCUGGCCCUGCUCACAGUGGGAGGACCUCAGCCCCCGGGAGGGUGACCCCGCAGCUGGGGAAGGAAAAGGCAAGUGAUGGUAAAAGUAAUAUCUCAACACUACCCCCAUGGCAUCAACGAGGCCAACUCCCAGUGGGGAGUUAUGGCCUUAAAUAUGGACUCACAACUUAUAAAAUUGUCCCUCCAAAGUCAGAGAUGAAAUGCUACGACCGAGGGGCAUCCCUCUCCAUGGGUGCCAUUAAGAUUGAUGAGCUGGGGAACCUGGUGAGCCCCCACGUGAAUGCCGGCAGGACUGUAGUUCCCUCAUCACCGACUCUGGAGGCAGAAACCCCACCCAUUGGAAAAGUCAAAGAAUUCUGGAGAUCCAAUUCUAUAGAGAAGCACUCUGGCCGGCCCACAGAGGGGCCCAAGAGGACCCCCACCCCCACCACCCCCACGAAUCCGCAACCUCAGGAAAGCAGACUGAGAGGCGAGCCCACCUCCCCAGACCCCCAGGUAACAUUGCCCGGGCCCCAGUCCCCCAACUCAGAAGACGGGAGUGCUCUGGGGGAGGGGAGAAGCCGGCCACCCCCGGCAGCCGCUCGUCCCCUCCAAGUGCCAGCAGCUAGCACCGCGGAAGUCCCGUUUCUCAAACCUCAGAGGAGAACGUCCAGUCAGUACAUGGCCUCUGCCAUCGCCAAGCGGAUAGGGGCCCCAAAAGUCCACAGUGACGUGGGGAGGGGACAGGAUAACGCCCAGAGGACAUGUGAAGGCACAGCACCAGAGCCAGCGGUAGCGCCUCCUGUGGUGAAGGACGGUACCACCCCCAGCCCAAACCCAGGCACGGGCAUUCGUCGUGAGGGGGAGGAAUCCGCGGCAGGACCCCAUCCUGGAUGGCAGGUCAGCAGCCCUUACGGGAAGCUGUCUGCUCAAGACUGCCCUCCUGGCAUCCACGGAAAUCCCCGGGCGUCACUAGUCAGAGCUGCCCAAAGGGACCAGGCUCCUGUGGGGCAGAGCUGUGGUCUCAGUGGGGAGCGAAGCACAAGGACCCGCAGGACCGACUCCGCAUCCGACCCCCAGUGCAAGUCUGACGGCCUGAGCCCCUCACGCCCUCGCUCAGGAGGUGGUCAGACUUCAGGCAGCACCCUGGUGAAUGGCUCCCGGUGGGCCGCCACCCACAGCGAGCCUGCUUGCUCUCCGAGAGUGUCAGAUACCAACGGCCGGGCUGGACGGGAGCCCCCGCCACGGGAGGAAGAGCCCAGUGUGUUAAGCACAGGUGUGCUUGGAGCUGAUGGUACACUGGCAGCCAGCAUCUUCGGGCCAAAGAAGAGAUUCAGGCCUGUGGUCCAGAGGCCAGCUCCGAAAGACACAUCCCUGCACAGUGCCCUGAUGGAGGCCAUCCACUCGGCAGGAGGCAAAGACAGGCUCCGCAAGACUCCAGAACCCAGCUCAAAGGGAGGGCCAAAGAAACCGUCCUACACUGAGGCGGACUGUGAUCGCUCAGCCCUCCUGGCGGCCAUACGCGGCCACAGCGGGACCUGCAGCCUGAGGAAGGUCACGUCCUCUGCCUCUGAGGAGCUCCAGAGCCUCCGCGAUGCCGCACUGUCUGCACAGGGGCCGGACUCCUCGCGGGUGGAAGACCUUGGGGUCCAGUCCCAGCUGCCCCCGCCCCCACCCGCUCCGGCUGCCCAGGCGCCCACCUCAUCCCGGUCGGCAUCGAGGUCUAGCUCGGGGCCGGUCAGCAGCCCGGUGGACGCCAGACAGGCCUUGAUGGAUGCCAUCCGCUCCGGCACCGGAGCCGCGAGGCUGAGAAAGGUGCCCUUGCUCGUGUGAAUCAGUGACAAGAUGCUGUUGUGGCAGAAAGACCCCCCGAGGGAUGCCCACAGCCACGCUGAUGAGCGCCACGCCCGGGGGCUUCAGGAUCCGGCAGCUCCCGUCUCCAGGCCAAAACUCGCCUCUGACUUACGCUCCUGCGUUGUGGUUAAAACGGAUGGGGUGCUGCUCUGCCACACGGCCUGUGCCAAGGAAAUGUAUUUGCCUCUGAAUACUUAAAGUUGCCAAUAAACUAUUCUUGUUGGCAGGUUAAUGGGACUGUAAACGCUGGGCCAUCACGCUUAAUUAUAUUGACGGACAGAGUGGAAAGAAUCAUGCCUUAGGCCGAUUUUGGAUCUUUGAGACUUUUACCACAUGUAGAUGGUUAAAACAAUUUAGUUGUUGAAAAUCUUUCUGAAUUCUAGGGAAAGUAUGUACAUGAAAUAACCUGAAUGUCUUAUGCUACUUGAUGCAAGAAGAAAGUGUUGAGAGGCAUUUUCAAAUGUGACUUCACUGAGUAAUGAAAGUAUUAUAUUCUUAUUCCUCCAACUGGGAUUAAAAACCUCAUGAAGGGUUGCAGACCGUGAUCUGACCAAGUAAGCUAUUAAGAAUCAACCAGUCAGGCGGAGUAACAAUCAGACGUGAUGUCUGGGGAGCGCAGGUCUAAAUUCUCCCCAGGUGGCCGUGGCGAGUUCAGAAGGACUUUGCAGUGGACGCAUGUGCACGUGGUACGCUGUCCCCCCGCAGGCUGUGAUGUGCACAGGCCUCUCCCAUGGAGGGCUGAGCAUGGAGCCCAGUUGCCCUGGGAGCCUCGGAAAUCCUCCCCAGGGCAGGAAGGAGGAGACUGGGCGUCUGAAGGUCACUCCCAUGAGAUCAAGACUGCCGGCAGUUCAUGCGGUGGGCGUGGUCUCCCUGCUGGGUUCAGCAGGCAAGUGGCUCGCCCAGAAUCACAGCCCAGGGCACUCAGUCUCCGGUGUUUAUCACAGAUAGUCCACUACGGCUGUAGAGAAAGCUCUUUAAGAGAUUAAUAGAAAUCUAGAGGAAUUCCUGAAACAAAAUUUCUGUCUUAAUGAAGCAACAAAUACACGAGAUCGUUUGUAUGUUUCACAGUGAUUUCAGAUCAGGCAUCUUGUAGGAAGGACUUGCUGUGUGUUGUCUGAUGAAUGCCCUCACCUUUCCUGGGCAGCGAGGGCAUCAGGCAAUCACUCUUACAUCAUGCUGUCUCCACUGUUGGUCUUCUAGUGCCACAAAUAAAAGAAAGUGAAAUUGUC